AUGGCCAACAACAAUAUCUCGGAAUCCCGCUUGGGAAUCGAGACGGAGACGGUGCAGAGUCACCAACAAUCGAUCGAAAUGACAGACCCCAAGGUCCAGCAGGAUAUCUCGCACGUCGAGCGGGUCCUGUCGCCCGAUGACGACCUGAAAAAGGAAGACAUGGAUUUCUCGCGAGUCGAUAAGGAAAUUCAGAUGUACGCAUCCCGUGGCCGCGUGGAAGUCGACGAAGCAACCAACAAGCGACUUAAGAAGAUGAUUGACAAACGUGUGCUUGUGGUCAUGAUAUGCACAUACUUCCUGCAGGCCUUGGAUAAAGGAACCAUGUCAUUCGCCUCCAUCAUGGGUAUCAAGGUCGACGCGGGCUUGGAAGAUGGACAAAAGUACUCCUGGUUGACUACCUGUAUUUACAUCGCCGUUUUGACUGUGGAGUGGCCGACCAACUGGAUCAUCCAGAGAGUUCCGAUCGCAAAGUACCUCGGCAUUAAUAUUUGUAUUUGGGGGGCAAUCCUGGCGAUGCAUGCUGCAUGCCACAACUUCGCCGGCCUUGUCACUGUCCGUACUUUGUUGGGUAUCUUCGAGGCCUGUUGUCAGCCCACGUUUGUCUUGCUCUCAUCCAUGUGGUACAAGAGAGAAGAACAGGCCGCUACUGUGACCUACUGGUACAUGAUGAACGGGGCUCAGCAGAUCGUCGGCGGCCUUUUAGCCUACUGCUUCACUCUGAUCGGAGGAGACAGAGCACUCAAGUCUUGGCAGGCAUUGUUCCUCUCCUACGGUUGCCUCUCAGUCCUCUGGGGUCUCUUCGUCAUCUGGUGGAUGCCCGACUCCCCGAUGCGUGCCAAGUGCUUCAGCGAAGAGGAUAAGCACCUGAUGAUCGAGCGACUGCGAACAAACCAGACUGGUAUCCAGAACAAGCAGUUCCGAUCUUACCAGGUGUGGGAGGCCCUCCGUGAUCCUCAAACCUGGUGCUACUGCAGCAUCCAGCUAUUCACGACUCUGCCUACCAGUGGUCUUGGUUCGUUUGCUGGUAUCAUUAUGAAGACCUUUGGCUUCACCACUCUGCAAAGCCAACUUCUCGCCAUGGUAUUGGGCUCAUACAUCAUCAUUAUCCUGCUAACGUCGGCAUGGCUGGUAAAGAAAUAUAACCAGAAUCUGUUGGUGAUGCUUGGAUUUGUGAUUCCUUCAUAUAUUGGCACCAUUGUCUUAAUGACCGUCGAAGUUGGCUCAUUGGCAAACAAAGUUGGCCUGCUGAUCAGCUACUAUAUCGCACUAUCCUUCUGGUCCGCUCAAACGUUGGCUCUGUCAAUGGUCUCCCGUAAUAUCGCCGGCCAGACUAAGAAGGCGACCGUUGUGGCUGCAACCUUCAUCUCCUGGGCUGCUGGCAACGCUAUUGGUCCCCAAGUUUUCCUAGACUGGGAUGCGCCCCGUUAUCAUAUCGCGUGGAGUGUGCAUCUUGCAUGCUACGCGUGUAUGACUGUAGCUGUGAUCUUCCUGCGCUUCUACCUGAUCCGACAGAACAAGAAGAAGGAUGCGAUGCUGGCUGCAGCAGGUAUCAGUGCGGCUGAUCCAAAUCUUAUCCAUGCUUUUGAGGAUAAGACUGAUCAGGAGAACUUGAACUUCCGGUACAUUUACUAA